AUGGUGGAGGUCCAAGAUUUGGAACCACUUAGUCCCAUUCAAGACGACGAAGACGAUAAUUACGAAGAUGAAGAAGACGAAUUUGACCGUCUCGGUGAAGAAAUCAGCUACGACGAUCUCAAGAAACGCAUGUGGAAAGAUCGAAACCUCAUGUCCAAACUCAAACAACAGAAGAAAGAUAAUUAUGAUGAUCACUCCGUUCUCUCUUCGCCGUCAACGUCCACGUCAGCAUCUUCUUCAUCUUCAACCACUAUCGUGCGCCGAGCAGAAUCUUCACGCCGCAAGAAAAUGGCUCGAUCUCAAGAUUCGGUUUUGAAGUACAUGAUGAAGAUAAUGGAAGUUUGCAAAGCUCGAGGAUUCGUCUACGGAAUCGUACCGGAAAAGGGUAAACCGGUAACCGGUUCUUCAGACAGCUUAAGACGCUGGUGGAAAGAAAACGUUCAGUUCGAUCAAACCGCUCCAAACGCUGUUUCCGACUACUUAACAUUUGCGGAUGCCCAGCUAAUCUCGUCAAACGAAUCUCUAGAUCCGAAUUCGUAUAUCCACAUGCUUCAUGAGCUCCAAGACACGACGUUGGGGUCUUUGUUAUCAGCUUUGAUGCAACACUGCGUGCCGCCGCAACGGCGAUUUCCGUUGGAAAAAGGUUUGGCUCCGCCGUGGUGGCCGGACGGGACGGAGUUAUGGUGGGGAGAGCAAGGAGCGGCGGCGUUUGAGCACGGUCCACCACCGUAUCGUAAACCGCACGAUCUUAGAAAAGCUUGGAAAGUCAGCGUUUUGGCGGCUGUGAUUAAACACAUGUCGCCGAAUUUGGAGAGAGUGAGGCGUCUCGCGAGACAGUCCAAGUGUUUGCAAGAUAAAAUGAUGGCUAAAGAGACUGAUACUUGGUCUCGCGUGUUAAACCAAGAAGAAGCUAUUCUCAAACGCCUCAAGAUCUCUGACGACGAAGAGGAGGGGGGAAAUCAAGAACCGGAAAGAUUCAUUUCCCUUGAUCAAGAAUCAUCGUUAAAUGAUUGUUUACUUGUAGCAAAUGAUCAAGAAGUGGCAAGAUUAACAGGUAAAGACAAAAGGGUUGAUCAAGAAUCGUCACUAAAUGCCUGUUUUCUUGCAGACCAAGAUCAAGAACAGCUGGGAAACAAGAGAAAAGGAAAGUUUGUGGAGCAGGAAGCGACGGUAUCUAAUGUAAACACUUGUCAAAACUCAAGUUGUCCUUCGAGUGAUGCGAGUUUAGGAUUCUUCGACAAGAAUUUGAGAACAGGACACGAGAUGGAGUGUCUCUACGGGACUCAAGAACCGAUAAACCAGAGUAGUGGGGGCUCUGACGGGUUUGUUCGGUCGAUGACUACGAGUGAUGAUGAUUACAGCGCGAGCUCGAGAGCAGAGGACACGAGAGGUUAUCAUAAUCAAGAUGGAAACUGGCUAGAUUAUUUCUGGUUCGAGAGAUUACAAGACCUGAAUCAAGGGUUUGGAGAUCAGGCAGCUGCGGUUGACUUGAACCAAUUACCAGAUCAUUCUGAUUCGAAUCAGACCAUGAACGAGGAAGAUUUCUCGUUAUGGGACAUGGGUUGUGAAGACAAAGAUAUUUAUAUGUCUCCAGAUUGAAAAAGAUCUCAACU